GAAUGACCAACUAAGCAUACCAACAAAGCAAAAUUCAUUUCGGCUCUACCAAAUGGACUGGACCAGAGGCCACACCUUAGGCUCUGGCUCCUCUGCCACAGUCUCCCUCGCCAAUUCUCUCCGGUCUGGCGACGUGUUUGCUGUCAAGUCGGUGGAGCUAUCUCGGUCGGAGUCACUGCAGAGGGAGGAGAGAAUCCUAUCUUCUUUGAGGUCUCCUUAUAUAGUUGGCUACAAGGGGUGUGACAUUACCAGGGAGAACAAGCAGCUUAUGUACAAUCUUUUUAUUGAGUACAUGCCCGGUGGCACUCUUGGUGAUGCAGUUCGGAGGGGUGGAGGUCAGCUUCAUGAAUCGAUGAUCGGGAUUUAUGCGCGACAAAUUGUACAGGGAUUGGAUUACAUUCACUCACGAGGCUUAGUGCAUUGUGAUAUUAAAGGCCAGAACGUGCUAAUUGGAGAAGAUGGUGCAAAAAUUGCUGAUUUUGGGUGUGCCAAGUGGACUAACGGCAAGGAUGACAGGAAGGUACCGAUUGCCGGAACACCGUUCUUCAUGGCACCGGAGGUGGCGCGCGGCGAAGAUCAGGGAUACCCUUCUGAUGUAUGGGCUCUUGGAUGUACAAUAAUUGAAAUGGCCACUGGGGGCGCUCCAUGGCCUAAUGUGGCAAACGCAGUUGCAGCUCUUUAUCGAAUCGGAUUCUCUGAAGAGCUGCCAUGGAUUCCAAGUUUUCUCUCCGACCAAGCAAAGGAUUUUCUAAGCAAGUGCUUACGGAGAGAUCCAAAAGAGAGGUGGACAGCAAGUCAGCUUCUCAAGCAUCCAUUUGUGGGAGAAUUGAAUCCUCAGGCAAAGCAAGUUCAAGAAUCCUAUUCAGAUUCUCCAACAAGUAUUCUAGACCAAAACUUUUGGAGCUCAUUGGAGGAAUCAGAAGCACAAGGCUACUUGAAGCAGGCAAGUUUUUCAAAUUCUCCAGCAGAAAGGAUCCGGAAACUAUGGACGUUUUCAAGGGUAGAAAACUGGACAUCGGAUGAUAAUUGGGUCACAAUCAGAGGCAGUACCAAUGAGGAAAGCAACGUACCCGCUGAUUACAUGGAAGAUGAAGCGAAUCCAGUUUCCAGGUCGGAGGCAGUUUCGAGUAGUCAUGAUGUGGAAAUGGUAGAAAGCCAUGGUGAUGGAGAGGAGAUGGAGGCUUUCUUAGAUAGCAAAUUUAGUUGUAGGACAUGUAUGAAAGAUAGUGUUGUAGUGAGAAACUUCAAUUUUGAGAUGGACAAAGAACACUUGUUAAUUACUUCAACUUCAAUCUCAAACUUCUUAGCAUCCUAAA